GCAAAAUUAAUUUCUCAGAUCCUACAUCGUUCAGUGAGCUUUGUUACAAAGUGCGGUGGUGUCGGUUUCAUUUUACUUCUGUGUAUAUAUCGCAAAGUCUGAAUAUUUAGCUUUGUUGUGGAAAAUGGCUGGCAAAGGAGACGGAGAGGGCGAAGGAAAUAUCCUCAAAUUGGAAAAUCAGAUUGCCGUCAUCAAAUACGUGAUUCUCUUCACUAACGUCUUGCAAUGGAUGAUCGGUGCUGCAAUCUUUGCUCUUUGCCUUUGGCUAAGAUUUGAACCGGGCAUUCAGGAAUGGCUCCAGAAAUUGGAUUCUCUACAAUUUUACAAUGGAGUUUAUGUACUUAUUGUCGCUUCGCUGAUCAUCAUGAUUGUGUCUUUUAUAGGAUGUAUUAGUGCCCUGCAGGAAAGUACCGUGGCUAUUUUACUGUACAUAGGCACCCAAGUGCUCGGCUUCAUAUUCGGUUUAUCUGGUUCUGCAGUUCUUUUGGAUAACAGCGCUAGAGAUUCCCAUUUCCAACCAUGGGUUCGAGAACGUAUGCGACUUCUAAUCAUGAACGCUCAUCACGAGCAAUCCCAACAAACACUCGCCAUGAUUCAAGAAAAUAUUGGUUGCUGCGGAGCAGAUGGCGCCAGAGACUAUUUGAAUCUUCAACAGCCAUUACCAAAUACAUGCAGAGACACAGUUACUGGCAAUCCUUAUUUUCAUGGUUGCGUUGAUGAACUCACCUGGUUCUUCGAAGAAAAAUGUGGUUGGAUAGCUGGUUUAGCAAUGACUGUAUGCUUCAUCAAUGUAAGUACAAAUAUUAAUUCAUUCUCAAUUCAAGACGUAUUGAAAAAAAUAUGUUUUGGAGGACCAUAUUAUAGAAUACUUCAUAUUUAACUCUUCAAAUGAUAAUGUACUAAAAUUAUAUUAUUAUUUUGAUUCAUUCGAUACCUAUUGAACUGACACGAAAGCCUGUUUAAAAUUUUAAGAAUGUUUCUUUCAAUGAACUGAAUUUCUACUGAAUACUUCUAGCAACAUCUUGAAAAUAUUUGAAAUAGUUUCAUUUAUGUUUCACUGAAAAAUGUUCUGAUUGCAAAUCACAGAAUUUCAAUUGGUGCUCUGCUCAUAUUCCUACUUGGAAGUGUUAGGGGAAAAGUGAAAGCUUGAAACACCAUCUCACAUUUUUUUAUAAACUCCAAAUGGACUUUCGAAUUUAGAAUUCUUCUCAGUUUUUGAGAAAAGCAUAGAAUCAAUCUUAUUAUUUGAUAUAAUAAGUUCAAUCAUGUUCUUAAAUCCAAUGAUCUGUCCAGAAUUUCUACUGUUUUUCUUGUUACCGAUACAAUAUGAUAAGUUAUCACAUUUUGUAGAAAAUAUACUUCAAUACUUGUGUUUUCCAGUAUCGCAAUGCUAGACUUCAUAUUUGAGGAAAAUACGAAACUAUCCAUGUACUAGGGUAAAAAUAUUCAAGAACUUUCUCUGAGCUAAAGCAUGGUCUGCUCUACCUUAAUAAUCAGGACCUUUUUAACAAUCAUUUGAAUAAAUUUUUUUUCAAAAGAGAUAUUUUCACUCAUAAAACAAUUAAAAUGUUUCGUAUCAAGAGACCAAAAGGUUCUAUUUUAGUUCCUAUCAAUGUUCUGGGAUCAUUUGUUUUAAUUCAGUAGCAAAAAUCGAUCUCCCCUUGUCUGAUAACAUGUUGUUCUUAGCUUCAACAAUAUCCGAUCUUAAUUGAUCUGGUAAAUGUGAGGCUAGUUUUUCCAUAUUUUGGAUUAUCACCAUAUCAUUAGAAGAAUCACAUCAUUCUAGAAAGCAGCAACAAAUAAGGCAACAAUAAUUUUAUUUGUUGUUUUAUUUUAGAUAUAUCUUAUUAUACAUAACCUCACUUUAACUUAACAAAGCUUUCUAAUUGAUGAUUAACCCACAUUAGAACAACUUGUGCAAGUUCCUACUAACCCAACUUUCUCAUAUGUAUCUCGAGGGUGAUCGAGCACUUUCAGUUCCAUUUCCGAUAAUGGGCUUAGAAAAUUUGGAGUAUGUCUUUUUUCAUCGAAAAUAAAUACUUGAAACUUGAUUUUACAAGAAUGAUGGUGUCUAUUUCAAGUCGAUAGGAUUAGUAAUACCGCCCGAGGUCCGUUCCAAAUAGGUAGUACGCCGUUUGUAUAGGAGAGCGGCUGGCCUGUUAUAGAUAGAGUGACGACAAAGAGUUGAUUUAAUGAUAAAAAUGGAGCAGGGACUUCUUCGUGAUUCUUCGGACAACUUUCCCCAGAAAGAUUCGCUUGCAAUAGCUGAUUAUUUUAUCACAAAUUAUGAUUUUAUAACCGUGAAAGUCCGCGGCAUGAACCAAGUGAACAGACAUAUCGAUACUAUGUCAUAUUCAUGUGGCAAAGACAAGAUUUUAUGUGUAUGGAACCUCUUAAUUUUGAGAUACGUAGAGUUAAAGUUUAAAUAUGUAAUGAAAUGUAAUGAAAAAUGGUUUUCGAGUAAAAAAAUUUUCUGAUUUUCAUCAAAUUUCAUCAAAUAGUUGGAAUUCAAUAGGGAAAUACUAUUAUUUUCAAAAUGUUAUGGUAGAUGUUGAUGACUCAAUUUAUUAAAUGCUUGAUAACUAGCAAAAGGUGUCAACCAACUCACAUAAAACAUGUUGUUAUAUAAAGAAGAAUAUGUUUAAAUUUUGACGACGUUGUCAUAAAAAUCUAACCGAUUUUAUUUUUUAAUUGAAAAAAACAUUAUAGGGAUCAAAUUUGCACCGUAUUGAACGUGCAUUUUGAAAUUAUUUGUUCUGAAAAAGCUGUAGUGUCCCUUUCUACAUUAAACGACGCUAAACCAUUGCAAAAAAAAGCCGUGAGCAGCAGAGCUCCAUCACGAAAGUCGAAUUUUUCGUCGAAUAAAGAAUUUAACUAAUAUACAAAACAAAUCUUUCCAUAAAAUGAAUUUCUUGGAAAUGAUAUCAAUUCUCAAUCUUAUUUCUUUAUAUGGAAAAUUUGCUAUUCUUCAAUAACUUUUCAUUUCACAAGUUAACUCUCUCGAAUGAAAAUUCAUAAUUUCAAUAGACCCGGUGGUCUCGAACCCUCUUGUUCAAUUCCAAUUGACAACAAAGAAAAAAUCAUAAUGACAAGAAAUUUCGAAAAUGGGAAGUAAAAAAAAAUCACCCUAGCAACGAUCAUACUCGUAUUAUUCAUUAAGUAAGAGGCGGUCCAGUUCAACAAUUACAACGAUCAAAAUGAUUUCGGGCGUUUUGUGCUAGAAGAACUGAAGAAGAAAACUUUGAACUUGAGAAACACAAUUCUUCAGCAUCACCCCUACUUGCAUGCGAAGUUCGAACCCUCUAGUUAAACUUUUUCUGGCCAAAAAAUGAGAAAAUAUAACAAAAAUGGCCAUAAAAUGGAGAGGGGUGGAGAUGGAAAGUUUCGACCUUAGAGAGGAAAUCAUCUCGCAACUAAUUGAACCUACAUGUGAAAUUUAAUUUUUCAGUCGCUUUUCAUUUGACCUGCAGAGGUGAGCAAAGGUCAAAAACCACUUUUUUGCACUGCGACCCCUCGAAAUAUUCAUUUGUUUUCAACUAAACUCUAAUAACAUCAAUCCGCCGCCAAAAAAGCCAUGUAUGCUAAUUUUGAACCAAAUCGGACCCAUAGCAAUUGCUAUAUAUAAACUACAGAUAUUCGAAAAACCAUCAUAAUCGUGUUCAGGAGGUCUCAAAACAUGGGAAAAAUGAUGUGCCCCCCAUUUUUCUUCUAGUCAUUCCUACCGUAAUAGUCUAAUUUUUCCUUGAAAAAUCUUUACAACAAAACCGAUUACUGGCUUUAUUGUCUAAAAAUUGUAGAAUUUGUAGAAAAAAGCUUGUAAAAACUAGAAAACAAACAUAAAAAUAGCUAAACAAAGAUACAUAUAAAAUAAGCUUUCAAAAUACAGAAGGAAAUCACAAUGAAUAACAAAAUUAUAGGUAAUAGUAAUAGGUAAUAAUUAGUAUAUAAGUCCAUAGCAAAAUUAAACCAGUAAGCACCAUGUCCGGAAUUAAAUAUUACCAUAAGAAUAGACGUCGUUUACAGAGUAGAAGGCACCUUCCAGUAAAUAUUCCCUAAAAUUAUUGAAAAAUGUGUGAAAAGAUUUGAUUUCAAUUGGUAAGUGAUUGUGCAUUUUUUUGCAUUGUGAAAUAAUGAACCCUCAACUAAUUCUGAUUGUGAAGUAGGUAGAGGUCAAGCUCCGCGUUCCGCGCGCAACGACCUUUCUAAAAUUGGAAAAGCGUGCUUAAGAAUUAGGCAAACAGAUUCGAAGACAAAUAAGGAAGGAAGAGUCAGAAUUUUUAAUGUUGUAAAGAUGUCCCUGCAGUGAGCUCUGCUCUUUAGUCCGAGUAAAUAUCUAACUGCUCUCUUUUGAAGUUUGAGAACUCGCUCAAAUUGAGUCGUGUCCUAGAAGGGAGGGGCAUAUCGGAAAUGCUACUCAAUAAGGGCAUAAUAGACUGUUAAAGAGGUGGAUAAGUUCAGUUUAUGGAAACUGAUUAGACAAGGUGGCAAUAUGUAACUCCCAUAUCAGGGAAUUGACCACAACAAGCCCUAAGAAUUUUACAGAUUCAACGCUGUCAAUGGUGGAGUUAUUAAUAAUAAAAAAGGCAGCAAUGUAUUUUUAUACGAUGAAACUUUAGUUUUAGAAACGUCAGACAGAGGUGGAUAGCUAGAUAGGCGAUGUCGUUUAUAGACUGAAGAAACAAAAUUGGGCCUAGUACUGAGCCUUGAGGCACUCCAUAUUCUAUUGGCUUGCAAAAAGACAUAGUUAUAUCAACCCUUACAAGCUAACACUAUCUUUUCCGUAAUUUUUCUCCCUUAAGGGAUACUUUGGAAUAGUUUAUUUGGUGCAGUAUAUUUUGGUACAAUACAAAUGACAAAAUAAACGACAAAUACAACAACACGAUGUGAUAGGUUGAUAAAACAAAACAAAGUGCUAAGGAUGUUGCUGUAAUGUGUCGGAAACUCGAUCGGCGCUGGUGACGUAAGCAAACGAAUAGCACGUUGCAAGAAGAAAUGAGAGUGGGGUGGAAAUAAUCCACUUUUGAAAAUUUAUAUAUGAGUGCUAGAAACGCGCAGUAUAAAGCGCAAUUUAUGUUACGGCGUGCCCAAUUAUUUAAAAAUAUAAACCCGACAUCUUUAUACACCGAUCGCUACCGUCUAACCCUCGCUGGUUGUGUCAUAAAUUGAUUCAUAUUCAAGAAUUUAUUCAUUUCUAAACAAUUCAAAGGAGAAGAAUAAAACUCCAUUAAUUCAUAAUAUAUUUAUAUAGUACCAAGAAUUAUCUUACAGAUUCUGUCAGAUUUUUAUUCUCAUACAUUCCUCAUUUGUAUUUUCAUAGAAAUGUGUUGUAGAACUUCCAGACCAUUUUAUAAAGUUAAGAAGAUUAACAAAUGUUAUGGUUAUGCGUGAUUCUUUUGCAUUCAUUCUAUCAAUUCUUUUUGUAUAAAAAUAUUUCCUAAUAUUAGAAAACUGUGAGGAGUAGGAAUAAAAUCUACUAAUUUAUUGUAGUAGUUCAUAUAUCUUUCAAUCUAUUGCCAAUUAGAAUCUUAAAUUUUCAACAUGCAAUGCAUUCAAGCGAAUCUUAUAAUAUAUCCUAUCGUCAAUAUAUCUAAGACGUGCUUUAAUCAAAAGAUUCCUAUGAUCUCAAAUGCCGGAUAUUACUUGAUGAAAUUGUCUACAUAACCGGAGUUCUAUACUAAAUCAAUAGAGAUGACAGUGGUGGACUUCUUCUCCGCAGAGGUUCGAGGGGAUUUGCCAUUUAAUAUUCAUGCCGUGUUAGACAAUCGAAAUAUAUAAGGUUAUUUAUUAUUUGGAAUUAUGAAUCAUAUUUAUGUGAUUAUAUCCUUGUAAUAACUGUAGAAA